AUGAUGACGUUCGAUGAGACUACCACAUUACUAUGCCACAUAGAAGCAGUGUUGAAUUCACGGCCAUUAACACCACUGUCAAGCGAUCCUUCUGACUUCAAUGCUUUGACAGCCGGCCAUUUCUUGAUAGGGAGUCCAUUACAGCUCCCACCUGAACCAGAUUGUACAGGCAUUCCACAGAACCGUCUGUGUCGAUUCAAACUCAUGCAAGCACAAGCACAGAAUUUUUGGAAACGAUGGUCUUCUGAGUAUUUGCCCCAGUGUCAACGACAUGGCAAGUGGACCAAACUCACUCGCAACAUUAAAGUAGGAGACUUAGCAGUUCUGAAGAAUGACAACAGCCCACCACUGUAA